UUGCGAAAUUUUCAUCUGCUGGUGUUAUCAGUCAGUUGCAUUUGCCUCAGUGUACGGUUAAUAAAAUGGGCAUAAAUUUCGCACCCUGGAAUGUAUCUUUGGAGAGACGACUCCAAACAUUAUCAGCAGCAAUAUUCAUGAUCAUCUUCCCACUAGGAGGUCCCAUCUGCUUGUUGUUCGUGACAUACGCUCUGCUAUUCACUCAAUUCUGGUGGUGCUGCAUCCUCUACUUGUCGUGGAUGUGCCUGAUAGACAAAAACAUAGAAGAGAGAGGCGGUCGUGAGUUACAAUUCAUGAGGAGUUCUUCUUACUGGAAAUAUUUUCGAAACUAUUUUCCCGCCAGACUAAACCGGUCACCUUGGGUGGAGUUGAAAAAGGAUAAAAACUACUUGUUUUGCUGUUUUCCCCAUGGUAUAAUUUCAAUUUCCUCGUUCGUCAUGUUCGGAAAUAUCUACGGGGAAUUCAAUGACUAUUUUCCAGAACACAAGAUCAAGGUUUGUACUCUCAGACAAAACUUUUACAUGCCUUUCUUCAGGGAACUCAUAUUGGGUUUGGGUGGUUGUUCUUCUUCUAAAGCUUCGAUUGAAUACCUGCUAAACCGACCUGAAGGAGGUAACGCGGUAGCAUUAAUAGUAGGUGGUGUGGCUGAAUCUUACUAUGCCGAACCAAGGGAAUAUAAACUAGUUUUGAAGAACAGGAAAGGGUUUGUGAAGAUUGCCAUCAAAUCUGGCAGUCCAUUGGUUCCGGUAUUAUCUUUUGGCGAAACUGAUAUCUUCAAUCAAUACGGAGGUAAAAAUACGAGGUUCAAGAGGUUUCAAGAGGAAAUUAGGAAGUGGAUAGGUAUUGCUCCAGUUUUGAGCUAUGGAAGAGGCCUCCUGCAAUAUGAUUUCGGUUUGAUUCCACAUAGACGACCUAUAACGAUGCUAGUGGGAACGCCGAUUGAGGUUGAGAGGAAUGAACAUCCAUCUUCUCAAGAAGUCGAUUAUUAUCAUCAAUUGUUCAUAAAGGAACUCAUUUCGUUAUUUGAAAAAAAUAAGCAUUUAUAUCUUGAAGAUAGUCAGGAUCUACAUAUUGAACUUGUAUGA